CCUUGUCGCUCUCUGUCAGUGGCCGUCUCAGAGUCAGUGAGCCCUCUUCGCACUCCACACUAAAACGUAUUGGAUUUAGGUCUAUCUACACUACUUGGAAAUAUGACUUCUUCCAACCCUGACCAGCGCCUGGAGCAUCUCCUCAGCGCCGUGGAGAGCGAGUUCCAGAAGGGCAGCGAGAAGGGAGACGCGUCCGAGAGGGAUAUUAAACUGACCCUGGACGAUGCAGACUUAUGGACCAAGUUCAAAGAGUUAACUAACGAGAUGAUUGUCACCAAAACUGGAAGGAGGAUGUUUCCCGUGCUGAGAGCCAGCGUCUCCGGCCUUGACCCCAACGCCAUGUACUCGGUGCUGCUGGAUUUCGUGGCCGCGGACAACAACCGAUGGAAAUACGUGAACGGGGAGUGGGUCCCAGGUGGCAAACCUGAGCCCCAGAGCCCCAGCUGCGUGUACAUCCACCCGGACUCCCCCAACUUCGGUGCGCACUGGAUGAAGGCACCAGUCUCCUUCAGCAAAGUGAAACUUUCCAAUAAACUCAACGGGGGCGGACAGAUUAUGCUCAAUUCUCUGCACAAAUACGAGCCGAGGAUACACAUCGUGAAGGUUGGAGGCAUCCAGAAGAUGAUCAGCAGCCAGUCUUUCCCCGAAACACAAUUCAUCGCCGUCACUGCUUACCAGAACGAAGAGAUCACUGCUCUGAAGAUCAAGCACAACCCCUUUGCUAAGGCCUUCCUGGAUGCCAAAGAAAGGAGCGACCAUAAAGAAGUGCCGGAUCACAGUGCAGACAGCCAACAGUCUGGCUACUCUCAGCUUGGAGGUUGGUUCCUCCCAGGACAGAGUCCUAUCUGCCCCAGCAGCAGCCCUCCUCAGUUCAGUGGCACAGCAGGCCACUCCUCUGGCUCCUACUGCGAGCGCUACUCCAGCCUGAGGAGCCACAGAGCGGCUCCAUACCCCAGCCAUUACCCACACCGUACCUCCAGCACAAAUAACUACAUGGACAACACUUCAGGGACUCUGCCCACUCAUGACAGCUGGUCGGCUCUUCAGAUCCCCAACUCCACAGGCAUGGGCACUCUGUCCCACACCACCAACUCCACAUCUAAUUCCAGUCAGUACCCAAGCUUAUGGUCAGUAGCCGGCACCACCCUCACCCCUUCAGGCUCGGCCUCGGGCUCCAUACCUGGAGGUUUGACCUCCCAGUUCCUGAGGGGCUCCUCCUACACAGGCCUGACCUCCUCGCUGCCCGUCUCCUCGCCUUCCUCCAUGUACGACCCCAGCCUGAGCGAGGUCGGUGUCGGUGAGGCUCAGUUCGAGAGCUCCAUCGCCAGGCUGACCGCGUCCUGGGCGCCUGUGGCUCAGAGCUACUGAGCAGCAGCAGCUGAAACCUGAAACGUCUCUGAAGACUGAAGGUUUAGGAGCAGGACAUAAAAAAAAAAGAGAUCCCGGACAAGAUGUGGAAAUGUCACAAGACCUGCAAGGAUCCUGUUUGUGAAAAAGUUGAGAUUAUUCAUUCCAGAUUAUUUAAAAAAGGUGUAAAGUUAGGCUGGAGUCAUACUGAACAAAGUUGACAUGCAACGACAAUCAUCUCUUUCAUCUCCUAGAGUAGCUGCGUGGUCUGAACUUCCUUCUUUGCUCUUAGUAAUUCCCAACAUGCUUAUUACACAUUUAUAACAUGUUUAUUACACCUUUUUU